ACAAGAAGCACGGAGCCAUUUGCUCCCGUUUGCUGUCACCUGAUUGCAGCCGCUUGCAGCGUCCUACAAGUGACGUAAGAAAGGAAAGUUGAAAAUUUCGGCACUCCGGGUCGCCACGGGAAAAAGUAAGCACCCACUUUUUAGCGACGACGAUUCGUUGAGCCCCGGUUAGCGCCCGCGAAGUCGGCGAUUAUGUUCAGCUGGUCCACUGCGGCGUUCGACAAGCUGUUGGACAAGGCUACGAGCCAUUUGCUGUUGGAACCCGACUGGCCAUCAAUCAUCCAGAUUUGCGAUUGCAUUCGGCAGGGCGACGUGCAACCAAAGUACGCUGUUAGUGCGAUCAAGAAGCGACUGUACACGCGCAAUCCCCACGUGACCCUGUUUGCUCUGCAGGUUCUCGAGUCCUGUGUCAAGAACUGCGGCUCCCUGGUUCACAAUGAAAUCGCUACCAAGCCUUUCAUGGAAGAGUUGAGGGAUCUUGUGAAGGCAAACACCAACGAAGCUGUGCGAGAUAAGGUACUAGAGCUAGUGCAGGCUUGGGCUCACGCAUUUCGCAACGACCCCAACUACAGGGCCGUCCAGGACACGCUAAACCUGAUGAAAAUGGAAGGGUACAAGUUCCCGUACCUGAAGGAGAGCGACGCCAUGUUCUCGGCCGACCAGGCCCCCGAAUGGGCGGACGGCGACUGCUGCCAUCGGUGUCGCGUCCAGUUCUCUCUUGUCCAGAGAAAGCACCAUUGCCGCAACUGUGGCCAGAUCUUCUGCCAGAAGUGCUCCUCGCAAAACGCGCCCAUUCCUCGAUUUGGCAUCGAGAAAGAAGUGCGCGUCUGCGAGGCCUGCUUUGAGAAGCUCUCCGCCGCAAGCAAGGCCCUGGCGGCCAAGGCACCACAGAAAGGAAGCGGCUCCGAGCAUUCAUCCCCUAGCCAGACCUCUUCCGCACCUGCUGGGGGCAAAUCUGAGCAGGAAUUGCAGGAAGAGGAGGAACUGCAGCUGGCAUUGGCACUCUCCAAGAGUGAAGUGGAAACCAACCAGCGUUCCACUCGGAGAUCGUGGCAGCCUCCGAGUACAGUGUCGAACACGACCACAACCAAUUCGUCAAGUCCGCCGGUUUCGGCCAUCGAUGCUGGCGACAAGGCUUCGGACAAGACGCGCCGCAAGGACCUGGCAGACGGCGACCCGGAGUUGGCUCGCUACCUGAACCGCGCCUACUGGGAACAACGGCAGCAACAGCAGCAGCAACAGGACACCAACGCGGUCGACGGUCUGCCGUCGCGACAGAGCCCUAUACCGAGUGCACCGACCUCCGCAGGCUCGCCGUUUACCGUUCCACCUAAAAACGCUGAGAAAGUGGACAUUAUCGGUGGCGAGGCGGACUCUCAGCUUGAGGAGUUCGUCGCCCAGCUGCGCUCUACGCUGGAGGUGUUUGUCAACCGACUGCAGAGCAAUGCGGCUCGUGGAAGGCCUGUGGCCAACGACUCCUACGUGCAGAGCCUGUUCAUGAGCGUCACUAACAUGCACUCGCAGCUGCUGCAUCACCUCCAACAACAGGAGGACCUGCGCGAGUACUACGAAGGUCUGCAGGACAAGCUGGCCCAGAUCAGAGAUGCCCGUGCCGCCCUGGACGCCCUGAGAGAGGAGCACCGCGAACAACUCCGACGGGAGGCGGACGAAGCCGAGAGGCAGCGGCAGAUCCAGAUGGCCCAGAAACUGCACAUCAUGAGGCAGAAGAAGCAGGAGUACUUGCAGUACCAGCAUCAGCUUGCCCUGCAACGGAUGCAAGAGCAGGAGCGGGAGCUUCAGAUGCGGCACGAACUUCAGAAGCAGUACCACCACGGCGGCGCCGGAUUUCCCAACCAGCCCCCGGGGUUACCCCCACAGAGCAUGCCUCCUCAGGGAAUGCCUCCGCAGCAGCCCGGUCCACCGGUCAACAUGGGAGGACCUCCGGACCACUCCCACAUGCACCUCCCUCCGCAACUCCGCGGUGGGCCCAUGCCUCCGGUGGGACCGGCACAAGGUCAAGUGAUGCCACCUCCUCAAGGCCAACCCAUCCCGCAGGGAAUGCCCUCGCAAGGACACCCCAUGCCACCACAAGGACAACCGCAUGCCAUGACGACGCAAGGACACACCAUCAUGCCCUCACCAGGACAACACUCGGUACCACCUCAGGGACAGGCGAUGCCUCCACAAGGACACCUCUCGAUGCCCCCGCUGCCACCCCACUCUGCACCAAUGUCGAUGCCCUCCCAGAUCCCGUCGCAGCAGCAACGAGCAAGGCCUCCUAUGCCCAUGCCAACGAUGCCGCCACCGUACCGGUCCCCAACACACGCUGUGCCAACCACGGUACCCAUGCAGUACAUGAUGGGGACGGCGCCACACGCAGCUAUGAUGGGGCAGGCCCAGUAUGGUCCCAUGAGUAUGCCCGCUCCCAUGGGACUUCCCAUGGACUUCCAGGCAUUCAGCAUGCAGCAGGCCAUGUCUAUGGGCAUGCCGAUGAUGCACGGAGCCAUGCCGCACCAGGAAAACCCAGCAGCCUCUCCACCAGCACAGCACCACCGGCCGCCGAGCGCCAACGAGUCUGCGAUGGGCGCGCCGCAGGCCGGGGCUCCACCGCCAGUGCAGGAGGCAGCCCUGAUAAGCUUCGACUAAACUUCGCACGUCUCUUGACGCGUCCAAGAAGGGCAUGCGGUGUUUUGACGAACUCUUUCGUUUGAGGAGUGCUUGCCCCUCCCUGGCCUGCUUGAUGCGAUUGUACAGUCUUGGCACAUUAUAGGAUACGCACACUUCUGGUCCUUAAGUUGAACUUGCUAGGGUAGAAGUGUGGGGCAGUCGGUUAAUAACUCUUGGUGGUCUUUCUCGUGCAGUGCCCGAAGGGUUGUUCUUUCGUAAAAGGAGGCUGUAGAGGAAAGAGGCACUCCUCAUCUCUGCCUUAUUCCCCCUUCCCCUUUUUUUUUAUAAUAUGAAACGACCGCUCGUUGGCUGUGCGAGACAACCCCACGAACUAUUGCCCGCCCAACGAAAAACAAAUGCUUUUAUUAAAUCCCUUUAGCAAGGUGGUGCCACGAGCAACCAGCUGGUCGUGCUUUUACUUUACAGUCGGCUGGUCGUACGACUCAAUCGGAGAUUACAGUGGGGAUGUCGGCAUCCGCAUUUGUGCGAGGAAAAAAAAUAUACAUAUAUGGUUGGAUAGAGGCACUUUCGCUGUCAUGUAUCCAAGUGUGGUACGUCUUUUAAACAGAAGACUGGCGCUCUGAACGCACAACUGCGAAUUGGACUGCAAGUCACUCGAGGAUGCAAUGUAUAAAUAAAAUGCACCAUCACACGACUGCAGUUGCAACAAGGUCUGUGCAAGUUGGCAGUGCCGACAUCUGCGAUAUGCCAACGAACGCUUAACGGAGAUCUUUCUUUUUUAGGCCAGUGUGCUAAGUGGAAAUUUAAUAGGAUUCGCUUGUGGCUGCAUUGGAAUUUCGGAUUAAGAGCAGCUAUCUUUUAUAACCAUGCGCGAAGAAUUGCACACUAGUACUAACCAUCUGAGUUUCGAGAUGCCGCUCUUAAGAGUAACUUAAGUAAAAGGUGUCGGCUGGUAAGUAACUCUUCAGAGCUAUCAGGGUAGCAUUCAACUUGAGGGAGUCUGAUUUUGAUUGCAGUACUGCAUGUGAAGUGUACAUUCUCGUGGGGUGGGGCGGGGGGGAAAAUGCAACAUCGAAAGUAGUCUGUGCUCGCCAUUUCUCAAUGCCGUCAACAUAACUUGAAGGAAUGAAUCGGAAGUAACAUCCGAUUGUUGCCGACAUUUAAAACAUUGGCCAUCUUUUCCAAGAACUCUGCUUUCGUGUAGGUCGUGUUUAGUACUAUGCCCAAUUAUUGCAUUCUUGUCAUCCUUAAUUAAAGCACGGCUGGUCAUGUGCGAUUGUGUUAUCGUUGCGAAGUCUUUUGUGUUUGUGUCCGAAGAGGCUUUGAGUUGGUUUAGGAUAACUACGGAACGUGCUAUAUGUAUGAAAAAAAAAAAUGCAAUUAAGCGGCACGACGGCAACGUUUGUAAUUAUAUAUAGGUGCACGCUAAAGCUAUUUUAUUUCCUGUGUACAUUGAUAUGACUUUUAUGUAUUAAAGGCCUUUUUCUUGAUGCUGA